CGCGUGCGCGGCUCGAUUCCGUAAUCUUGAGGUAAAAUGGCGUCGGGUGCCAUUUCCACAGAGUGUAAGAAACUAUACGAAUUAAGAGUUGUUGAUCUUAAAUCCGAGCUCAAACGAAGGAAUUUGGACACGUGUGGUGUAAAGAGCGUCCUUCUUGUAAGGCUAAAACAGGCUAUUGAGGAUGAAGGUGGUGACCCAGAAAACAUUCAAAUCCAGGUUUCAGCUGACUCAUCAACUCGGAAAAGUGGAAAAGCUAAAGGGAAAAAAAUGGACUCGGAUGCAGACACCACAGCGGAAGAGGACGCGUUUUCAAAGGAAACUGAAGAGUGCGAAUCAGAAAAAGAUGUAACUGAUACAGAUGAUGGUACACGUGAAAAUUCUAAGCCUGCACCCUGUGAGGAUAGCCUCACUCAGCCCGAGGCUGAGCCUGAACCAGAGUCAGAAGCUGUGGCGGCUGAGGCUGAUUCAGAACCUGAGCCAGAGGCCGAUGCCGACCCAGAGGUGGAUGAGGACGCCGACCCAGAGAUGGAUGGGGAGGCUGAGCCAGAGGUGGAGACCGACCUGGCUGAGAUGGAUCCUGAAACCGUUGAUUUCUCUAAAGAAACUGAGGACGAUCAUCUGUCUGUCUCGAUCCAAAAUGAAGAUGCCAUCACCCUUGAUGUUGAUGGUGAUGAUCUCCUGGAAACAGGUAAACAUGUGAAACUUCCAGAUCCAGAGGGCGAGAAGGGUACAGAUGAGCCAGAGGCCUCUGCUGAGACGGGCCCAGAUGAUGACAUGAAGACGGAAGAGACAGAGGGCCACAAAGAUGGUAAGAAAGAUGAUGGAUCCAGGUCUGAGAGUAUGAAGAAAGACGGCAGGGAUUCCUUGAAGAAGGCUGAAACGGGAGAUAAAGAAAAGGAUUCUGGGAAGAAAGGCCCCUCCACUACUGGGGCAUCAGGUCAAGCAAAGAGCUCUUCAAGAGACAGAGAUGGAAAAACUGCAAAAGAUGAAAAGGGAGGUGGCAGCAGUAGCAGCAGCAGCUCUUAUCGUAACCUGUGGGUGAGCGGCCUGUCCUCAAACACCAAAGCAGCUGAUUUAAAAAACCUGUUCGGCAAAUAUGGGAAGGUUUUAAGUGCCAAAGUGGUGACAAAUGCUCGCAGCCCGGGUUCAAAAUGUUACGGCUUGGUGACCAUGUCCUCCAGUACAGAGGUGACACGGUGCGUCUCCCAUCUCGACUGCACAGAUCUCCACGGACAGCAGAUAUAUGUUGAAAGAGCCAAAACUGAUCCAUUCAAAAAAGAGCCCUCAAAGAAAGAAGCAGAGGACAAAGCAAGCUCCAGUAAAUCAAGCGAUAAGCGCAGUAUCACUGGAACAAAACAGACUAACAAAGCACAGCCAUCUUACAAAAAAGAAGACAAGAAACUGGAUAAACUUUCAGAAAAGGACAAAGAUUCAUCCAAGAAACAGGAGGCCAAAAGUGGAAAAUCUGAGUCUGCGUCAUCUAACUCAGGACAAGAUUCUUUGAAGAAAGAUGACAGAAAGCAUGGGCGGACAAAGAGCCCAGGCAAAAUGGUGGUGGUAGAUUCUAAUUUUGGCAAAAUUAGACCUUUCAGAAGGGGAAGGGUUCUUGAUAAGCCCUUUUUCAAUGUGAAUGUUCAGAGGCGGCCAAAGUGGUUGAUCCCUCCUGAAGAGAUAGAGAUGAUGAGAGAGAAACAGCGAAAUUUUGCUAACAAGGGGGAAGAAAAAGACAUCCUGCCUUUUGAGAAGAUGAAGGAGCAGAGAUUGCGUGAACGGAUGGCUCGUGUGGAGCGUGUCCGUAGAGCCGUAGAGUUGCGCAGGCGACGUGAAAUUGCUGAACAAGAACGUCGGGAGCGUGAGCGGAUCCGUCUGUUGCGGGAGCGUGAAGAACGAGAGAACCUGCUCAGAGAGCGCCAGAGACUGGAGAUGGAAAGACAAAAACUGGAAAGGGAGCGCUUGGAGAGAGAAAGGCUUGAGAGAGAGAGAAUCCGUAUAGAGCAGGAACGCCGUAAAGAGGCAGAACGCAUGGCACGUGAACGAGAGGAGUUGCGGAGGCAGCAGGAGCAGCUCCGCUACGAACAAGAAAAGAGAAACAACUUAAAAAGAGGCCGUGAGGUGGAACACGGUCGGAGGGACGAUUCCUAUUGGAACAGCAGCAAGAAGAUGCAGUCAGAGUCUGAUGUUCGUUUGAACCAAAGUUCAAACUACAAUCGACAGCAAAACCGCUUUUCAAACUUCAGUCCCCGAGAGAGGGGGCGCUUUCCAGAGGCUACUGCAGAGCAGCCCAACACAUACGACAGGCGUAACCGGUUUGAGGGUGAGCCAGAGGUAAAAAAGAGUCGCCCCAUUCCUCACAGAGAGAGUUCUGGCUUUGAGCGCUAUCCCAAGAACUUUGAAGCCGUCCGCAGAGCUGAGCCACCACCUCCUCCACGCACCGAACUCCGGGACACAGAGCGCAGGGAUAGAGAUGAGAGACGACCCGUGCCCAUGCACGAUCGCCCUAUGGGGGCCAGAGCUGCAAUACCUGGCAUGUCACACAACCGCCCACCCAGGGAAGGAGGCCAUGGGUGGAAGAAUGAUGGUGGGAUGAACUCCAACAAGGGAGACAUACGAAGACCUAUACGUAUACGUGCUGAUCGAUCAAGCAGAGAUGGUCCAGGCCCUGCACUUAGAGGGGGCUCCUCAUCCACCCAUGGAAGAAGCAGCUUCAGUGAUCGAGAUGGAGGAAGACCCAUGGUGAUGAGUGAUCAGCCAUUCAGCUCUGGCCGCCAAGUCGUUGUGGAACGUCACAGCAGGGAGCAGGGACUGAGGAAGGAGUGGCAAGGUGGAUCGAGCUCCCAAGGCGGGGGCUUCCCUGAUAAUCGCAGGAUGGGAGACAGCCGGGCCAGCAUGAUGGCUCCCUCCAGUCACUCCUCAUCUGGAAUGAGCCGAAUUGUACAGAUCACCAACUCCUCCAUUCCAAGUGGUGGCAGCGUGGGUGGAUUCAAGGCCUUUAAAGGAACACAGCGGCAGUACUAAUUGUAAUGCUGAUACUAUAAAGCACCUGAAAAUCUGAAGACUUUCUGAACUCUCUUUUCAGAAUAUUAGCUGCUUUAGGUGGCCCAGCUGUAGACAUGAAGUUGUUGACACUAUUUUAUUUUGUAUAGACAAGUCUUUACCUCAGUGUAUGGUUCUCUUGGCAGUUCCACUGAAAUCGUUAAACAUCCCUGAGCACAUUUUAUCAACUUAGGAAGAUAGUGUACAGCCCUAGUCUUUGUAACAAUGUUUUGAAGUGAUGCUACCAACGUCUCAUCUAAUUGAGUGUUGUAUGUACAUUUCCAAUAGUCUAGUGUUACACUUGGUUGCUUUUACUUUUAUUAUAGAACUGGAGUCAUUUUUUAACACGUGGUGUGAAUUUCUUGUUUUGGAAAGAUGUGGAUUUGUGAAAACAACUUUGAUAAUGGCCUGCCCUGUAUCAAAAUGUCUCUUAUGCCGUGAGUAGAGUUAAGCACAGGCCUGUGUCUCUGAAAUAAAAUCUGUUCGUUACUGCAGGGCAUUCACUGGUCUUGAAAGAGCCAUAACACAUUGUUUUAUAUUUCACUUAUUGUUCCGCUGACUCUGGAAAUUUGACAAGCAGUGGCUAUAAGUCUGGGCUUCAGUCAUUUCUCAGUAUACAGUUUGUAAGAUGCACAGUACUGUGGCAACCCACAUGCUUUAUUUAAAAUGAAUCAAGCAGGAAGUACUUCAAUGGCAGCAUGUGGAGUUUUUGGAUAAAAAAAUGUACACGACAUGUUUGAACUUUAAAGCAGGCAGUGUCAGGUGUGACCUAACCUGUUUUUGUAUUUUUGUUUUUUUUUUUAAUAAAAAAAAAUCUGCCAGGUUUAUCAUUUUAAUAGCUGGACCAAUGCCACACGUCUGUGCACGUACUUGCUUACAUCACACACUGUACCUACGCACCUGCUGUAAUUGGUUGAUAAAGUUGAUUAAACUACAAAAAAAAAAGUA